AUGAAGUUCCUACCCAAGAUCACCUUGUCUCUUACCUUCCUCCCUCUCAUAACAGCCAAAUCAUCCUGGCCUGAGCCCAAGCAUGGAUUCUUCAACAUCGAGAACUUCAAAUUUGACUCCGGCGAAACCCUUCCCGACCUCGAAAUCCACUAUCAAACCCUCGGCAAGCUCAAAGUUAACGAGGAUGGGUCCAACAAUGCAGUCGUUAUCCUCCACUCUACAACCCUAUCCAGCGAACAAUUUUUCAGCGAUGAGUUCGCGGCUGUGCUCUUCAACAAGGGUCAGCUUCUUGAUUCUGAGAAGUAUUUUAUCAUCAUGCGCGAUGGUAUCGGCCAUGGAAACUCGAGUAAACCAAGCAACACUGGUUUGAAGGCUGCAUUUCCUAAGUAUCAGUACUCUGAUAUGGUUCGCGCCGACCAUCAGCUGUUUACUGAGCACUUUGGACUUAAUCGCACAAGAUUGACUCUCGGAGUUUCAAUGGGAGGAAUGCACAUCUGGAUGCAAGGCGCUGAAUAUCCCGGCUUUUCCGACGCCUUGAUGCCAAUCGCCUCAUCACCUGUCGAAAUCGCCGGCCACAACCGUCUCUUCCGAAAAUUCAUCACCGAGAUCAUCACCCUCGAUCCAGCAUACGAAGCCGGAAACUACACCAGCCAGCCUGUGGGGGGUCUUGGCGGUUCGCUGAUGAUCCAACUCACCAUGCUUUCAUCGCCAGCAUACUACCAGCGCAACUUUCCCACCCGCGCAGCAAUGGACAAAUUCGUCGAUGAAGCUUACAUUCCAAGACUGGAAGAGUACGACGCGAAUGAUCAAAUGUACGCUUGGAACGCGUCAGUGACUUAUAAUCCUAAGGAUGGACUGAAGAAGAUCCGUGUUCCGCUUACGGCUGUGAAUACCGCUGAUGACUGGAUGAACCCACCUGAGCUCACGUUUUUGGAGGAUGAUGUUUUGCAGGAUAUGAAGCCUGGAUACGGCAAGGCUGUUAUUCUGCCUGCGAGUAAUGAGACUACUGGUCAUGAUAGUUAUAUUAAUGCGGAGCUGUGGAAGGAUGAGCUUGAGAAGCUUUUGGCUCGGUCGGGUUAA